AUGUCAGCCCAGCCCAGGGACAAACUUUCUGAAAAGAUAAGGAGGUGUGGAUGGCAAGUUUCCAAACCUUAUUUCUGCCACCUUUUACAAGGUGAUACUAGACCGAAGGAAGGCUAUUGUAAUCACACCACCGCUUGCAACCUGUAGUGCAACAAAGACUUUCCGGAACUAGAGCACACAGCGAGGCCCUGCCCCAAUCGGUGCCCCGGAAGUACUUCCCAAUUAUAUCACGCGGGAAAAAUGGCGGCGGCGCAGGUCGCCUCCUCGCUUCCUUGUGGGCAGCCGCGAGAGGCUCCGCGGGAGACGUCGUCCGAGGACGAUGGGUUCCGCCGCUUGUCUGCCAGGCUCCGCGCGCUGCAGCCGGAUGACAGCACCGUGUCCCGAAUGGAGAUCCACCUGCUUUUCGACCAGCUCAUCUCCGAGAACUACAGCGAGGGCGGCGGCGUGGCCCCCGAGGAUGUCAGUGCUCUUCUUGUGAGGGCUUGUCAGUUGGUGCCUCUCAAUCAGAAUCACCUUGUCAGCAAAGUGUCUCAGCUGAUCCAUCAUUUACUUAACAGAUUACAGGUGGUUGUAGAUGAGCAGAACUUGGAUUUCCUGUUGACCUAUACAAUCUCAGCUAUUCAUCAGUGUAGCUCUUGGACACACAUGGAAAUUCUUCAAGCUCUGGCAACACUGGUUUACUGCAAUGGUUCAAAAUGUCAAAAGCAUCUCCCAGACUUGCUAGGCAAGAGCGGCCUCUUGAUGAAGUUGAGUGACUCAACUCACCCUGAUCCUGAGGUCAGGCGAGCUGCAGUACAUUGUAUGGCCAACUUAUGUCUCAGUGUACCAGGACAGCCGUGCUUGGAGGACUCCUACCAGAACAUCUGCUUCCAAGCUUUCUUGACUAUUUUACGGUCUCCAAAAUCGUCUGAUAUGGAUGAUAUAACAUUUUGCAUGUUGUUACAGAAUGCACUGAAAGGCAUACAGUCUCUUCUUAAUGGUGGGAAGAUGAGAAUGACGCAAACCGAGCACCUGGGAGCACUCCUCGCUGUGCUAAAGAAAGUCAUGUUUCACGGACUCCCUGGAUUGAACAUAGAGAUGCCUGCGGUGCUGUACCCAACUCCACUUCCUCAGUAUGAUGGGCGAUCACCUGUUAAACCACAGCAGCCAGAACCCAGUGCUGCUCGACCAUCUGCGAAUAAAAAGAAAAAACACAAAGUAAAAGCAAAGAAAACCCAACAAGGAGAGAAGGAGGAGGAGGAAGAAUCCAAUGGUGAAUUGGAAGUGGGCCCGGCUCUCAGCACGAGCAGGAAAAACACAUGUGGCGAGAGCGCCUGGUGCUCCUCCCCCUGGGGCUCGCAGAGUUUGCCUGUGGAUGGAAGCAGAGCUGCAGGAAGACAACAGGUCUCCUGGCCUUUCGCCUCCUCCAGCUGGAAAAGAGUCAGCAGCAGUGAGUCAGACUAUUCCGAUUCAGAAGGAGGCAUGCAGGGUAAAAUGAGGUCAUACCAAGCUAAGGUUCGCCAAGGGGCAUUAGCUUGUUUUCUUUCUACAAUCAAAUCGAUAGAGAAAAAAGUUCUAUAUGGCUACUGGUCAGCCUUUGUUCCUGACACUCCUGAGCUUGGAAGCCCACAGUCUGUAUCCUUGAUGACACUCACAUUAAAGGACCCAUCUCCAAAGACACGUGCCUGUGCCUUGCAAGUUUUGUCUGCAAUCUUGGAAGGCUCAAAGCAGUUUCUUUCUGUUGCUGAAGACACCACUGACCACAAAAUGGCUUUCACCCCCUUCUCUGUAACGAUUGCGUCCAGCAUUAGAGAGUUGCACAGAUGUCUUUUGUUAGCGUUGGUGGCAGAGUCAUCGUCCCAGACCAUUACUCAGAUAAUUAAGUGCCUUGCAAAUCUAGUAUCAAAUGCCCCCUACAACCGCCUAAAACUCAGCUUGCUGACCAAAGUCUGGAACCACAUCAAGCCUUACAUCCGCCACAAAGAUGUUAACGUUCGAGUGUCAAGUCUCACACUCUUAGGAGCUAUUGUGUCCACUCAUGCGCCUUUGCCAGAAGUCCAGCUGCUCCUGCAGCAGCCCUGUUCCUCUGGGCUCAGCAGCAGCAAUCCAGCAACUCCUCACCUCAGCACUCCCGACUACUGGAACAAAGUCCCUGUGGGACCCUCUCUGGAGGAAGCAUCGGUCAGCUCGCCAAAGGCAUCUGCAGAGCCCUGCUGGCUCAUCCGACUCUGCAUCUCCACUGUGGUGCUGCCCAAGGAGGAUUCCUGCUCAGGUGGCGAUGCUGGCUCUGCCCAGGGAAGCGCCUAUGAACCGUGCCCCAUGCGACUGGAGGCUCUGCAGGUUUUGGCUCACCUGGCCAGGGGCUAUUUUUCAAUGGCUCAGCUGUACUUGAUGGAGCUUGGUGAGGUGAUCUGUAAGUGCAUGGGUGAAGCAAACCCGUCCAUUCAGCUCCACAGCGUGAAGCUUCUGGAAGAACUGGGUACAGGCUUGAUACAGCAGUAUAAGCCAGAUUCCAACAUGGCUCCUGAGCAGAGAGUACCCAUUUACAUGGUGGUGAUGUUCUGGACUGCGAUGUUGAAUGGUCCUUUGCCCCGAGCCCUGCAGAGUUCAGAGCACCCAACUCUCCAGGCGAGCGCCUGUGAUGCCCUGUCCUCCAUCUUGCCAGAGGCCUUCAGCAGUCUGCCGAAUGACAAGCAGAUUUUGUGCAUCACAAUGUUGCUCGGCCUGAACGACAACAAGAACCAUUUAGUAAAAGCUGCGACCUCCAGGGCCCUCGGCGUCUAUGUGCUUUUCCCCUGUCUCAGACAGGACGUCAUAUUUGUUGCAGACACAGCAAAUGCCAUAUUGAUGUCACUUCAAGAUAAGUCACUAAACGUGCGUGCCAAAGCAGCCUGGUCCCUGGGCAACCUAACAGACACUUUAAUUGUCAACAUGAACACACCAGACCCAAGUUUUCAGGAUGAGUUCUCUGGGCUCCUGCUCUUGAAAAUGUUGCAGUCUGCGAUACAAGCCUCCACGGACAAAGACAAGGUCAAAAGCAACGCAGUCCGGGCCCUUGGGAAUUUGCUUCAUUUUCUCCAACCCACUCACAUAGAAAGACCCAGGUUUGCUGAAAUCAUCGAGGAGUCCAUCCAGGCUCUGAUUUCUACCGUUGUAAAUGAGGCUGCCAUGAAAGUCCGAUGGAAUGCUUGCUAUGCCAUGGGAAAUGUUUUUAAAAACCCUGCUCUUCCACUUGGGUCAGCCCCGUGGACCUCCCAAGCCUACAAGGCCCUGACAUCGGUUGUGAUGUCAUGCAAGAACUUCAAAGUGCGCAUCAGAUCGGCCGCAGCCCUUUCCAUCCCAGGCAAGAGAGCACAGUACGGGUCUCUAGAACAGUUCUCUCAGAUCUGGAAUGCAUUGGUCACUGCCUUGCAGAAGAGUGAGGACACCACAGACUUCCUGGAAUUCAAGUACUGUGCCAGCCUAAGGACCCACAUCUGCCAGGCGCUGGUCCACCUCUUGAGCCUCGCCAGUGCCUCCGACCUCCCCUGCAUACAAGACUCUCUUGAGCGGAAUGGGGAUAUGAUCCAGUUCUACUUCCUACAGUUCUUAAAAUCGGGAGUAGAGGGAGAUGAUCCUGGAGCAGUCCACACCCCACAGGAAAGGGACCAGAUGGUCAGAAUGGCCCUGAAGCACAUACACAGUGUGCAGGCACUUCUGGGAGUCACAGCCAAAAGAGUCAUCGUAGGCUUCUUAGAAGACACCCUGGCUGUUCAUUGUGACUCCUCGGGACAAGUGGUACUCCUUGGCUCAUCAGACCAGUGACUUUCCCACCCUCCCUUCACGGAGGUCAAGCUUGUGCAUUUGUCCAUGGGGUAUAAUUCUAGUGCAGGUGCAUCCUGUCAGCAUUUACUUAGAAUGGAUUGCUGACUGUUUAACUCUUUCUCAAAGAGCUCAGCCACUUUGGAAAGUGGUUCCAUUCCUGGCCAUUCUAGCCCCAACUACCAGGAUAUGAGGAGUCAGGGUGCAUGCAGCAUGGGCCCAGACAACUGGAGGUCUUGAAAUAUUUAGUCUCAGAAUGAAAGAAGAUAGAUUUAGAAACUAGAACCUAUUAGGAUUGUAUUUUUUUUAAGACUUGUUUUAAUAAUACAGGGAUCCAAACCAACAACAACAAAAAUGUAGCAGUAAUCGGAGCAGGCGCCCGUGCAGUGUCUGCUGGGACAGCUGCAACAGCUGCAGAACCCCUGCAAGAGUGUCCCUUGAGUGUGCAGCUGCUCAGCCAGUGUCUACAUGCACCCCGAGACUCCUCCCGCCUCCCCCGCGGUCUGGCAGCCUGAGCCACAGCACCAACUUUUGUCUAAAUUAACAAAUGACCUGUGGAAUAAUGUGCUCCUGUACACUAAAUAUGACUGUUUGACCAGACACUUUAAUUUGUAUCCUCAAGGAAGGUCAUUUGUGUAGUUUCGAUGGUUUCAACGAUUUUUAAAAAUUGUAUUUAUUAAUAUCAAACAUUUGUUAAUUUCUUGCUAAAUUAAUGUUUAUAUUUAGGGUUAUUUUUGCAUUUAUCUCUUGCAUUUAUCUAGUGAAAUUAUUUCCAUCAAAAAUGUAGGGUUAUAUAAAAACAAAAACCACUUUGCACUUAUAUUUGAUGUGAAAUAAAAGAUGCAGCGAUUUGGUUCUG